ACAACUGGUAAUGAUCAUUAGAGUUCCAGGGACAUGUGAUAGAUCAUCUGGAUUAGUGCUCCAUAAUUUUCCAAUACCACAUAUAAUAAGUAGGGCUACUUUAACUUUAGUCCUGUACUUUAUUGGCACUGUCUGGGGCAUCUUUUCCCUCAUGCACUUGAACUGAAAUGGGUAGGAGACUGGGAUUUGUUUGGCAUGCCCAUAGAGCCCACUAAAAUAUUCUGUUGAGAGCCUGGAAGAGGAACCUUAUAUCCUUCCUGUCUCACUAGAUUGGGAAUAAGAAGAUUGUUGUUUUCAUCCAAAGGGAAACAUUGGCUGAAGGGAGGAUAUGAGAAUGAGGAAGACUUGACAUCUCCAUGGAUGAAGCUCUUUGUUCUACCUCCUCAUAGCUAAUAGCAUCUAAUUAUAGAUAUUUACAGUUCAAUCUUCUCAAUCAUCGGAAGGCAUCUGAUUAAGUGCUAAAACCAUACAGUCAUUGUCGAUGACUUAGAAUCCGAAUAUGUGCAGGGUUCGAUCAGCAUUUCAAAAUUGAAAGCUACCGUGCAUAAUUGCAACACAUCGACAUCUAAUCAACAUCCAUAUUCGGCAAAGUACUAAUCAGACAGACCCAAACCAAAUUGUGAAGUUCUGACAGUGUACAGAAGACUGAUGGAGAAGUUUCUGAAGAACUAUGAUAGAGAACGAAUGAAAAUGGCCAUCCUGAAGCAUGAAGAAACCUUCAGACAGCAGGUCCAUGAACUCCAUCGCUUGUAUACAGUUCAGAAGCUACUAAUGAAUGAUAUGAAAAAUACUAAGCUGAAGAGACAAAAUUAUGGUGCAAGUUCUAAAGCUAAUCUCCACAGAUGGAAUGGACAGAAUGAGACAGGUUCAUGUCAACCAAGUUAUAACAACCAAAAACAGAGAAGAUCUCAUCGGCGUCUUAAUCUAGAACUCCCCGCAGAAGAGUACAUAGUAAAUGCCGAAGAAGAGAUGAUGUUAGAUAUUGAACAAGAGAGUGAUGUAGAACUAACGCUGGCCAUAGGAAGCACCAUGAAGAAGAGAGAUGGAACUCCUCUUACUUCCGAGUCAGGAACGAGUUUUUCCUCAUCUUCAACUGAGUCAAGUGGGAUGAAAUCAAGAGGCCUUGAAUGGAGACUGCAACAGGCGCAAGACAUAAACCUUAGCUUUCCAAACGAGAGGGACAGUCCCUUUAAUGUUGGAGAAGGAAUGAAACAGGGUGGGCUAAAGCAGCCACCUUGGCUGUUCCAGUGUUUGAGCCUCAAGAUGGCAUGACCUUCAUAGAUUGCAAAUGUUAGUUAUAGUUUGGUGGUUAAUGGCAUUUGGUAGCUUCAUAGAUUAAAACCUUCGCUCUAUUAUGUACAUCUUCUGACUAAUGCAUGGCUGAUGCUUGAGCUUGAGCUGAUCAUCUAGUUUGUGCUAAAAUUAGUCUUAAUUAUAUUGACUUUUCUUUUAUGUAAAAUAUGGGAAACCCGUCAACUAUUUUUGCAGUAUGAGGGCUUCCUAGUUCGUCAUCCAUCCUAGAACAGCUCUUUUCUUCUCUUGCCAAACCAUGCUUCAUUGCAAUACUCAUAUGGAACCUAGUGCUUUAGUGCCGGUAUGGUUGCACCUCUAGAAUUAAUUCUUCCUCUCCUUUUGUGAAGAGGGGUCUUUAUUUGAUUAUUAUAGUUAUUAUUAUUAAGAACUAGCAUAGGAUAUAUCCCCACUUAAAUCUGAUUGAGAGAAAGAGACAA